CAACAACUACAGAGCAUGGCACAGCCCGGUGAAACAACGCAUGCGUAUGAGUUAUGUCAAUCGAUCGUGAAGGACCUAGACUAAGAUGUCUGGAUGAAGAGACGGGGCGAAUACAAACUCCUCAAGAAUGGAAAAUGCAAACAGAGGUUACUAUUUGGAAGGAAGGAACAACAGCUAUCAAGGAAAAUCAUAUCAGAGUGAUAGAAAUGGCAAAACCGGUCAAGAUUAUUAUGGAAAAGAUACUACAGAGCAAGCUGGAUAUGGCCAUCAGAGUGGAGGAUAUCAAGUAGAUAAUUUUAAUCCUUCUAAUAUGGAAUGGAAUUCAACAUAUGAUGGUCAAGAAAACCAACACCAUUCUGACGAUGGCAGGACAAGAGGGGUAGAGGGAGGGAAUGGAAAAGGUGAUAUUUUUGGCAGAGGUGAAUUUUAUGCAAAAUCUGACCAGUUUGGGAGACAAAAAAGAGGGUAUAAUGAGCAAGAAGGGUUGAGGGGUGGAGAUCGAGGACAUGAAGGUGUAAAAGAAAGGGACAGAGAAAUUGAUAGAGAAUUGGAAAGAGCAAGAUACGGUGGUAAACCUGAUAGAGAGACAUGGGACACGACUGCCAGAGGAACUAGGGACAGGGAAGAAAAUGACAGACCAUGGGAUAGAGAGAAAGAAAGAAACAGAGAACGUGACAGGGGUAAAGAUAGGGAGCGAGAUAGAGACAGAGAACGAGAUAGAGAAAGGAACAGAGACAGGGAAAAGGAAUCAUACAGAGACAGAGAUAGAAACAGAAGAAGAGAUGAUAGAAGUGAAAGAGACAGAGAUGUAAGGCAAAGAGACAAGGAGUAUGAUGACAGAUAUUCUAAAGAAAGGAGGAGGGGUAGUGUUGACAGAGAUCGAGAUGUUGAUAGAGAAAGAAUUUCACCGUCGGCUCAUAUCAUGGUGAGAGGUUCACCAUCUGCAUUGACAAAAGAAGACGAUAUUGGUGCAGAGCUGCAGCGCCAUAAUCUAGACUACCAAGAUAUCAAAAUUGUCAGAAAUAGACAUGGCGAAUCAAGAGGUUUUGGAUUUGUUGAUUUUUAUGAUGUUGCAACAGCAGAGAAGUGGAUGAAACUCACAAGGGGAACAAUUGUAGUGAAGGAUCAGCGAAUUUCUUUGGAGUAUAGCAAAACAAGAGCACAGCCAUUCACACAUCACCAAAUAGAUGUUGACUGGUACUGUAGCAAGUGUAGAACGUUGAAUUAUGCAUCCCGGAAAAGAGUUACUUGCUUCUCCUGUGGAGAGCACCGCAAAGACUACCAUCCAGAUGGCUCUGAUGAUUAUGAUUAUGAUGAUGUUAGCCAUGUCCGAGAUUCUCCAAUGUCAGCACCUCCAUGUAAUGUCUUGAUGAUGCGAGGACUUGAUACAAAUACUACAGAGGAAACGAUUCGAAAUCAUUUGCUAGAGUUAACAAGUGUACCAGUUUAUGAUGUAAGACUUAUAAAAGACAAAAUGACUGGCAUUUCAAGGGGAUUUUGUUUCAUAGAACUUGGUUCCACAGAGGAUGCAACAGCACUUCUUGAAAAAGUUCAGGAAUCAGAUCCAGCUUAUUUCAUUGAAGGCAGAAGGGUUUCUGUUGGCUAUGCAAGGAAUACUCCACACCCACCGCCAAGACCUAAACAAGGUCCCCAUCCAGGAUCUGGGCAGCCACAAGGAACAAAGAAUGUCAAUUUAGCAAGUGUUGCGAUAGCUCAAGCCCAAGCUGCACAGGUUCAAGGACAACCUACAGAAUUUUCUUAUAACACCCAGUCAAAUAAGCAGUACACCCAAGCUGUAUCAGGGUCUCAACAGGCUACAGAUGGUUCACAGCCAUUUGCUCAGUCAAUGCAAGCCUAUGGUGAAAAACAGUCACAUACAGAAGCAGUGCAGCAACAAGCAGCUCACCAACAUGAGCAGCAGCAACAACACAAGCCCCAGCCCCAGCAACGUCCUGCUCAAGGACAGAAUGUGUAUGCUAACUAUACUUACGACCCAAACACUGGCUAUUAUUAUGACUCCACAACUGGUCUCUAUUAUGAUGCAAACACAGGGUAUUACUAUAAUGGAACAACAGGAAGGUUCCUCCACUGGGAUGCACAGCAACAGCAGUACUAUAUAGUCAACCAAGAUGGAUCUUUGUCUGCAAUGGACAGUGAAGGCAAUCCUUUGGCAGCCACUGCAGCACAAGCAGAAAAAGUCAAAGCGAAGCCUACAGGCUCAAGUGCAAGAAAAAUUGCGAAGGAUAUGGAAAGAUGGGCAAAGAAGAUGAAUGAGGCCAAAUUGGCUAAACAUAAUGCUGUUAAACAAGCCCAAAUAAUGCAAAAAGAACAAGAAGCACGAGAAGAAGCUAUUAGGAGGCAAAUACAAAAUGAGAUCAUGUUACAAAAUGCUGCUGCUGCUGCCACAUCUGCCCAAAGCAAGUCAGAUGCUGUCAAGAUUACAUCAAAAACAUUGUUUAGUGCUGAAGAAGAUGACAGCAGGCAGUCCCUUGCUGCUCUGAUUGCAGCAAAAACAGAUCCUAAAGGCCUUGGAUCAAGCCUAGUUGCAGAAUAUGGUGACGAUUCUGAUGAUGAUCAAUCUGAAAAGCUCAUUGACUGGGAUAAACUUACUUGUCUACUCUGCAAAAGGCAAUUCCCGAACAAAGACAUCUUAACAAAACAUCAGCAGAUGUCUGAUUUGCACAAGCAAAAUUUGGAAAAAUUCAAGCAGAAGCAUAGAUGAAUUGGUAUAAUGCUUGAAGGCAAAAUUUUAAACCAUUGCAUACAGGAUAAACCAGCAGACCAUGCAACACAAUGUAUCCGCAACCAUGCCAAAUAGUGUACAUGUACAAGGAAGGCAGCAGUCCAUCUGAGAUGAGGGAAUGCCUGUUUAUUUGUAUUUUGUUGCAGCAUCUUGGGAUGACAAUUUUAACUUGCCGUGUUCCAGACUUGAUCUCAAUGUUGUAAUGCAGCUCUAGUCAAUCCUUUGGUCUCAAUGUUCUAGAAGGGAUCAGUUUUGUAACAAUGACUUUGUUUUUAGUGUUGUCUUUUCUUUAUAUCAGACUAUUGACAAAACAAAGUGUGUGCUUGAGGAAAAGAUGUCUAAUUUUUUUAAUCUGUCAUAAUGAUUUGGUAGAUUUUUUGAUUAAGUUGCAAUUUGAAACUAUUUUCCAGA